UGACCCCGUGGGGGCUUAGGCCCCACUGCCAGGCUCACAGGGCAGCGGCAACCAUGGGGACACGUGGCAUGUCUCGGCCAGCAGGGGGCAGGGACAUGCUGCCCGUCUGUCCUUGCGCAGGCUUUAGCUUGCCCCCUGCCCCGAGCCCCCGCCGAGGUCCACAUUAUCCCCAUUUUGUAGCUGAGAAAACAAUCACACAAGGGCCUGGGUUGGAAGGGCAGGUCUGAGGCCAACUACACAGCUUGUAAGGAGAAGGUGGAAGGGGAGCUGCCUUGUGCCACACGGUGGUUGGGACGGAAAGAGAACACGUAUCAGACCCGAACAGCGGUGUCCCGUGCCACCUCCGCCACCUCCAGGUCUGCUGCUUCACCCUGUCCAGCGCUACCCUAGACCCAGUAGGGACCGCAGCACCGUGUGGUGCCAGAGCCUGCGAGGACAGCCUGGGGUCCACGAGGACCAGAGAGCCAGUGCUGCACGUAUGUGCACACAUGCGCAUGCAAAUGUUCAGGUGCCACGCACUGCAUACGUGUCACGCGUUUGUGUGUGUGGUGUGUGCAGGUACAGUGCAUCGAGUGUGUGUUCUGCACAUGUGUGCACGUCCCGAGAGCACCAUGCAGUGGGGGCCCUCCCCACAAGCAGCAAAGACCAGAUCCCAGGCCACCUCCUAUAAACAUCUGCCAGGCCCCAGCCAGGGCGGGGUCCACCUGGAGCUCUCCCACUCCACUCCAGGGGCGUCUGCAGCCUCCCCCAGUUCUUCUGGGUGCCUAGUGGGCACAUCCACCCCUGAGCCAGGGUGUCAGGUCCCCAGGCGCCCAGAGGCUAAGUAGGAAUGCUGGCAAUCCACUGAGGCUCCCCUGCACACACCUGGUGCUGACCCAGCUUCAGAGGCCCAUUUGGUUAUGGCCUUUCCUCCCUCAUUUGCAUGCACUGUCCUGCAGGCCCAGCUGUGACCUUUGUCCCCAGAGGGAGGCACCUGCUGUGUCAAGAGCCUAGGCUCGGUGUGGGCACAGCCAGGCUCAGGGGCCCCAAAGUUUCCAGGCCUCAGACACUUAGCAGGGCAACAGCCCAGACCUUCCAGUUGCACUGUUCCCACCUUGGGGCCCUCCCCACCCCAGCCACAGGGUGGAGACCAAGCUGGCGGGCUGGUCUGUCCCCUGAGGCUGUAGAUGGAGUUCCCCACCCCUGGCUGCUAACAGCCCUCUCCAGGGCUGGAGACAGGUGUUUCUGUACCUACUCCUCGGGGCACCGGCACCUCCCACAGGCAGCUGGAGACCCCAGGACCCUCUCCCAGAGACAUCCUGAGUGUUCUCCCUCCCUUCCAGGAAUGGGGUGGGUGCAGAGCGGUUUGGGCACAGGCACGGAACAAGAUCAUGGUCCGUGGUUGCUCAGCCAGGGAGCCUGGUUGUGACAUCAGGAUCAAAGAGUCCAGAGAGUUGCAAACCUACUGGGCGGGGAAUCAAGGGUGUCUCCAGGGGCCCCCCGGGCUCAGCAGGUGCAGACAGGCGAGGACUUUGCUAAGCAAAUUCCCUGCACACACCCUACCCCACUUCAUCGUAUCUGGGGCCCCCACCCCGUUCUCUCAUUUGCCAUCCCUGCCAUGCCCGGCCUCGCUCUCCUGGGCCUCACGGCUCUCCUGGGCCUCACGGCUCUCUUGGACCAUGGGGAGGGCGCAACGUCGUGCUUGUCACAGCAGCUCAGGAUGCAGGGGGACUAUGUGCUGGGUGGGCUCUUCCCUCUGGGCUCUGCCGAGGGUACAGGUCUUGGCGACAGGCUGCAGCCCAAUGCCACCGUGUGCACCAGGUUCUCGUCUCUGGGCCUGCUCUGGGCGCUGGCCGUGAAGAUGGCGGUGGAGGAGAUCAACAACGGGUCUGCCCUGCUGCCCGGGCUGCACCUGGGCUAUGACCUCUUUGACACGUGUUCAGAGCCCAUGGUGGCCAUGAAGCCCAGCCUCGUGUUCAUGGCCAAAGCAGGCAGCUGCAGCAUUGCCGCCUACUGCAAUUACACACAGUACCAGCCCCGCGUGCUGGCCGUCAUCGGGCCCCACUCGUCCGAGCUCGCCCUCGUCACCGGCAAGUUCUUCAGCUUCUUCCUUGUGCCUCAGGUCAGCUACGGCGCCAGCACCGACCGGCUGAGCAACCGGGAGAUCUUCCCGUCCUUCUUCCGCACGGUGCCCAGCGACCGAGUGCAGGUGGCGGCCAUGGUGGAGCUGCUGCAGGAGCUCGGCUGGAACUGGGUGGCGGCGGUGGGUAGUGACGACGAGUAUGGCCGGCAGGGCCUGAGCCUCUUCUCCGGCCUGGCCAACGCCAGGGGCAUCUGCAUUGCGCAUGAGGGCCUGGUGCCACUGCCGCCAGGCAGCCUGCGGCUGGGCGCCCUACAGGGCCUGCUGCGCCAGGUGAACCAGAGCAGCGUGCAGGUGGUGGUGCUGUUCUCCUCCGCCCACGCGGCCCGCACCCUCUUCAGCUACAGCAUCCGCCGCAAGCUCUCACCCAGGGUGUGGGUGGCCAGUGAGGCCUGGCUGACCUCAGACCUGGUCAUGACGCUGCCCGGCAUGCCUGGGGUGGGCACCGUGCUGGGCUUCCUGCAGCAGGGCGCCCCGAUGCCGGAGUUCCCAUCCUACGUGCGGACCCGCCUGGCCCUGGCCGCUGACCCUGCCUUCUGCGCCUCGCUGGACGCUGAACAGCCAGGCCUGGAGGAGCACGUGGUGGGGCCACGCUGCCCCCAGUGUGACCACGUCACGCUAGAGAACCUAUCGGCGGGGCUGCUGCACCACCAGACCUUCGCUGCCUACGCGGCUGUGUAUGGCGUGGCCCAGGCCCUCCACAACACACUGCGCUGCAACGCCUCGGGCUGCCCCAGGCGGGAGCCUGUGCGGCCCUGGCAGCUCCUAGAGAACAUGUACCACGUGAGCUUCCGUGCUCGCGGCCUGGCACUGCAGUUCGACGCCAGCGGGAACGUGAACGUGGAUUACGACCUGAAACUGUGGGUGUGGCAGGACCCGACGCCCGAGCUGCGCACCGUAGGCACCUUCAAGGGCCGCCUGGAGCUCUGGCGCUCUCAGAUGUGCUGGCACACGCCGGGGAAGCAGCAGCCCGUGUCCCAGUGCUCCCGGCAGUGCAAGGAGGGCCAGGUGCGCCGCGUGAAGGGCUUCCACUCUUGCUGUUACGACUGCGUGGACUGCAAGGCGGGCAGUUAUCAGCGCAACCCAGAUGACCUCCUCUGCACCCAGUGUGACCAGGACCAGUGGUCCCCAGACCGGAGCACACGCUGCUUCCCCCGCAAGCCCAUGUUCCUGGCAUGGGGGGAGCCAGCUGUGCUGCUACUGCUCGCGCUGCUGGCUCUGGCGCUGGGCCUGGCGCUGGCGGCCCUGGGGCUCUUCCUCUGGCACUCGGACAGCCCGCUGGUUCAGGCCUCAGGUGGGCCACGGGCCUGCUUUGGCCUGGCCUGCCUGGGCCUGGUCUGCCUCAGUGUCCUCCUGUUCCCUGGCCAGCCAGGCCCUGCCAGCUGCCUGGCCCAGCAGCCGCUGUUCCACCUCCCACUCACUGGCUGCCUGAGCACGCUUUUCCUGCAAGCGGCCGAGAUAUUUGUGGGGUCGGAGCUGCCACCAAGCUGGGCUGAGAAGAUGCGUGGCCGCCUGCGGGGGCCCCGGGCCUGGCUGGUGGUGCUGCUUGCUAUGCUGGCAGAAGCCGCAUGGUGUGCCUGGUACCUGGUAGCCUUCCCGCCGGAGGUGGUGACGGACUGGCGGGUACUGCCCACAGAGGCGCUGGUGCACUGCCACGUGCACUCCUGGAUCAGCUUUGGCCUGGUGCAUGCCACUAACGCCAUGCUGGCCUUCCUCUGCUUCCUGGGCACUUUCCUGGUGCAGAGCCGGCCAGGCCGCUACAAUGGUGCCCGCGGCCUCACCUUUGCCAUGCUGGCCUACUUCAUCACCUGGAUCUCCUUUGUGCCCCUCUUUGCCAAUGUGCACGUGGCCUACCAGCCUGCCGUGCAGAUGGGCGCCAUCCUCCUCUGUGCCCUGGGUAUCCUAGCCACCUUCCACCUGCCCAAGUGCUACCUGCUGCUGCAGCGGCCGGAGCUCAACACCCCUGAGUUCUUCCUGGAAGACAAUGCCAGAGCACAGGGCAGCAGUUGGGGGCAGGGGAGGGGAGAAUCGGGGCAAAAACAAGUGACACCUGAUCCAGUGACCUCACCGCAGUGAGCCUACUAGACUUAGUUGAGAUGCCCCCAAACUGAGUUCUUAUGAAGCAACCCAGACAGUACCUCAACUGCUGAGACCACCCCCAGUUCUAGAUCUUGACAGCAGGCUGACCGCUGACCUGGAUGCCACAAUGAUCCUUGGGCCUGCAGCACUCAGGAAGGUCCUCAGCACCCACCUGGGGCCCCAGAGAGACUCUGCCCCUGUCCCAGCCAAGCCCUGGCCAGGGCCUACCCAGGUGAUCCAGCCCUACUGUCCCAGAAUAAAGCCAACAAAAAUUUCCUCGGGGCUCCUUAGCUCAGGCCAAGAGCUCAGGCAGGCCCCUAGCCAGACCACUUGAAGGCCAAGCUGGGCAUCACUUGCCUGGCCAGGCCCAGCCUGGAGACCCCAGCCAGCACCCCCUCCAAGCAUCACAGGGGUGGGAGGUUGGUGGGUGGUGGUCGGCUGUGCUGACUCCUCCGCAGAGGCACGUGACAGACCGUGGUUCCCAGAGCGGUGCAGGAAUAGUGAGCAGGGCAGAAGCCCACUUAGUGGGGGAGGGAGACACCCAAACUCUUCCCCUCCCUGGCCCAACCCAAGCGGGUAAAAUGGGGUCAGCCGCCACCAGCACCGUGGACAGAGCCCAGGCAGGGUGGUGGUGGGACUCAGCACCACGGCCAGCACCCACGACGAAGACCCCUGGAGCCGGGAGGCAGCACCACGGACAGAAGACCAGCCACCGGGACUCUGCUGGCAGCCAGCACCGGGGACAGAGCCUUGUGGCUGACCGGGAACCCAGAGCGCAGCACCUGGCCAGUCCUGGGUCAGCUCCUAGCCAGGCCCUGGGGAGGCUGGACAAGUCUUCUAAGGUACCCCGGCAGGAGAGAAGAGACAGUCCACACGUCAGUCCCAUAAAAUUAAAUGCUUUUUAGUCUUUAAAAUAGCAUUUACACAGAAGCAGCUCUAUUAACUAUCUGGACGGACACUCUGACUUGAUACAGUAUCUACAGCGCAGAUGUGUGCAGGCCAGAAACGCCAGGAAGGAAGCGGCGUGAGUGGGUGGGCAGUCACCUGAGGACAGCAAGGAAGGGUGGGCUGCCUACCCCCUCUCCCCCAGACCCUGCCCCUGCAGCAGCUGCGUGCAUCUGUGCCCUCUGCCCCUCAGGGUCACAUCCCCACCACUGCUAACUCAAACACAUGCCUCUCCUGUCUCUCCCUCACCAACCCUCCCACUUUCAGACACAACCUGUGUCCCUGCAUUCAGUCUGAGUCCCGGGGGCAGGGGGGCAGCUCACCUGGCCACCACCUUCCCCAGGGCACACA